AUGUUCCACAUAAACCUGCUGUCACAGCAGAGCGUCAGCAUUCAUGGACGCCUAUGGAACUUCAACUACAACAGGUUUCUGGAGUACAUGAGGGAAUUCAGGACUCCUGAGCAGCAGGAAGAGUCCAUCAGGUCGGCCUUCAAGAUGCUGGACAAAGACGGCAGUGGCUACAUCGAGUGGAAUGAAAUGAAGUACAUUCUGUCGUCCGUGCCCAACACCGUGCCCAACAUCGUGCCCCUUGUACCUCUGACAGACGAGGAGGCUGAAGCCUUGAUCCACGUUGCCGACACGGAUGGUGACGGGCGCAUUGAUUUCAAAGAGUUCUCCGACAUGGUCAAAAUGGAGAAGAAACCCCGGAAGUAGAGUCUUGGACACAACUGGACGGGACUGGACAUGGGAAGAGCAGAAGUGGAAGAUGGUGGAAAUAUUUUUUUUUUCCAUACAGCUGUGUGUGUGUGUGUUUUUUGUUUGUUUAAUGUGGGGUCCAGUUAUGUCAAAUGGCCUUGUGGGAACAUUGACUCCAUGUUGAUAAUGACACAGGUUUCUUCCGUAGUUACUAUUGCAGCAUACAUAUUUGUUUUUAGUAACUGAAUAUGUGUAUGUGUGUGUGUGUGUGUGUGUGUGUGUGUGUGCAUGCUCAAGUGUAUUAUUUGUGUGUGUAGCCGAUACAGAAUUAUUUGACUGGUCACACCCAGCCAUGAGGCUAUUUCUGCUGCUCCUCACACCCUUCCACAUGGAACAUAUGGAGUAUAUAUUUCACCAGUACUCACCAGAAUAGCAUUAGCAGCUGACUCCAGAUCAGCCUAUAUAGUAGUAUAAGUAUAUAUAUACUCUUUUGAUCCCGUGAAUUUGGUCUCUGCAUUUAUUCCAAUCCG